UGCAAGCGUUUGAGUUUGUUUUUAUCCAAACUGAACUGUCAAAAUGAAUUCAGCUUUAAAUAUUUCGCUUAAAAGCUUUUCCAGGCGGUUACUGCGACAUGACAACUAUUACUUCGUAUGCAGACAUGCCCUUAGACGUAGCUUCAGUGACAUUCAGUCCAUCUCAGUAGUUUAUAGUGAAUAUGGAGACCCAAAUAAGGUCUUAAAGAGUGAGCAGAAAGUAAUAAAUGGGCCUCUGAAAUCAGGUGAGGUUUUAGUAAAGAUGAUGAUGGCCCCAGUGAAUCCAUCUGACAUUAACAUGAUUGAAGGUUCAUAUUUCCUGAAGCCACCACUCCCUGCAAUUGUUGGAAAUGAGGGUGUUGCAGAAGUUAUGGAAGUCGGGGCGGAUGUUCAGGCAUUAAAGGCAGGGGACUGGGUUAUACCGAAUCAGGCAGGAUUUGGAACUUGGCGAACACAUGCAGUAGCAAAGUCAAUGGAUUUAAAAAGAAUAUGUAAUGAUAUCCCACCUUUAAGUGCCGCAACUAUUGCUGUAAAUCCAUGCACUGCUUACAGGAUGCUUAAAGAUUUUGUGAGUCUCAAACCUGGAGAUGUUGUCAUGCAAAAUUCUGCUAACAGUGCAGUAGGACAGAGUGUUAUUCAGAUAGCCAAAGCAUGGGAUGUUAGAACGGUAAACAUUGUAAGAGAUCGAGAAAAUCUUGAUGAAUUAGUUGAGCAGUUGAAGUCAAUGGGUGCUGAUCAUGUUGUCACUGAAGAGUUUUCAAGGAAACCAGCCAUGAAAGAUCUGAUAAAAUCACUUGGAAAACCACCAAAAUUAGCAUUUAAUGGUGUUGGAGGUAAAAGUGCAACAGAGUUAUUAAGGCAUUUAGGACAGAAAGGUAUCAUGGUCACAUAUGGCGGAAUGUCAAGACAACCUGUUAUAGUGCCUACAGGUGUGUUCAUAUUCAAAGAGGUAUCUUGCAUCGGAUAUUGGAACUCUCAGUGGAAUUAUGAGAAUGCCGAGAGUCUAGAACGAGACAAAAUGUUUGACGAGCUCUGCCAGAUGAUAAGAGAGUGUAGACUUCUCCCCCCUCCAAGUGAGAUAUAUAACCUCGACAACUACGCCCAAGCUGUUGAAAGUGCCAUGUCAGGAUUUCAAGGCAAAAAGAAAGUUCUUACUAUGGAAGACUUCUAGCGGCUUUGCAAUCCAAUUAUUAUAAACAUCACACCAACAUGAUUUUAACACUGGAUUUGAUCAACUUCUUGUGAAAGACUAUUAAUGUAUAAUGCUGAAAAUAAUUUACAUUGUAGUUUAUGUAUGUUUUUAGAAAGAUUUAUAACUUUUGUUAGUAUUUUUGAUAUACAUAGCUUUGAUAAUUUGAAUUAGUAAACAUUAGAAAAUAUAUUGUAUGAUGAAAGUUUAGCCAUGUAAAGUGCAAUGCAGUUAUGGUAU